AUGGGUUUAACUAUUUCCUCGCUCUUCAAUCGCCUUUUCGGCAAGAAGCAGGUAAGCCUUUUUUCAGAUGGUUCCUAUGUAAUAUUCGAAUGAUUCAGGUUCGUAUCCUCAUGGUCGGACUUGACGCUGCCGGAAAAACGACCAUACUUUAUAAGCUCAAGCUUGGAGAGAUCGUCACCACAAUCCCAACUAUCGGUGAGUACUUUUUUGUGUUGUGACGGAUGAAAAUAAUUUACACUCACUAUUGAAACAUCGGUUUGAUUGAACGUUGUUGAAUUAGGCAAACAUGAACUAUUUAGGAUUCAAUGUCGAAACUGUCGAAUACAAGAACAUCUCGUUCACCGUCUGGGAUGUCGGAGGUCAGGACAAGAUUCGUCCAUUGUGGAGGCAUUACUUCCAGAACACCCAAGGGCUCAUCUUUGUCGUAAGUUAUUAACUGUUCCACAGAAUGUAAAAAAACAAAUCUCAGGUUGAUUCUAACGACAAGGAACGUAUAGAAGAAUCUCGCGAAGAACUGCACAAGAUGCUUAACGAGGAUGAGCUUCGCGACGCUACUCUUCUCGUUUUCGCCAACAAACAAGAUCUUCCUAAUGCUAUGACUGCCGCCGAACUGACCGAUAAGCUUGGACUUCACAAUCUUCGUUCAAGACAGGUGAGUGGGACGCGGGAAUUGUUUAUCUCGUUCCGUUUAUCUAACCAACGGAUCGAAACGUAAAGAAUAGAGACAGAGAAUUGGGAAUAGAUCAAAUUGAAGAUAGUUAAAUAGGAGAGUGGCGGUUUCAAUCAAGUGGAAACUAAUUUUUGAAAAAAAUAAUCAUUUUUUCAGUGGUACAUCCAGGCCACCUGCGCUACCCAAGGACACGGACUUUACGAAGGACUCGACUGGCUCUCCAACCAACUCUCCAAGACCUAA